CCUGCAGUUAUUCCACAGGCUAGUUAAUAACAUGUCGGGCAGGAAAUCCAAAGUGUGGGAUCAUUUUGAGAAGGUGAAGGACGAACCCAAGGUGAUAUGUAAACUCACCUUCAUUGGUCGACUACAAACAUGACGUAUCAUCUGAAACAUGGAAGUAGCUACAUGCCCAUUAGCCCACAGCGUCAUUAACAGGCGGCUCGCUCAGUGUGUGACGUGCACUUGUAGAUAAAAUAUAGGCCUAUAUUAAUGAAGGUUCAUUAGUAUGGUUUUGUAUUUCUCUGUAAUGUAGCACAGUGUUAACAAUGUUACUGAUACUAUUCUUUCUCACACCUUCAACUCAAACCAUUGUGUUGCCCCGCCCAAAAUAUAUCAUUUCAUAAUUACAUUAAUAUCGUAAACAUGCGGGUGACUAGUUGACUAAUGGUCCCAACUGACGACUAUUGGUUGACUAGGAAAAUUCUUAGUCAGGGGCAGCCCUAGUCAGUAUUUGAUUCAUUAACUCUCAUAUUGACAGUUUCCAACUAGCUUUAUAUUUCAACAGCAUAAUCAAAUUCCUGAAUUUCAGUUGUGGCUUUUGGUUUUGAUGAGCCACCCCAAGAUUUUCAGUGGCCACAUCUGGCUACCUCAUGAAAAAUUUCUGGGGGCGCCACUGCUCUGAAGCCAUAAUUUAACGGAUGGAAAUUAGUAUGUUUCUGUAUUUCAUACAUGUAAGAUCAUCUCUCUCAUUGUUGAUGCGUCUUGAUGUUUUUAGCCGUGAACAAGUCAUCUGAGACAGUGUGCAGUUAUCAGGAUGUUUUAAACUACCUGAACUUGACCAGAAACAAUGAGCUGUUCUUCAUGACCCGGCCUGUCAAAGACUACCAAAACCCCACACAGGUAUUCCUGGAGGUACUGCUGUAUGCCAUUCUAGAUGUGAGAGAGAUUGACCAGACAUUUGUUCCUUAUGUUUGGAUUUUCACGAAGUGGCAGAACGAACACAUUCACUGGGAUCCAAAUGACUUUUGUGGUAUUGAGGCUGUUUCUCUUCCCACCGAGGUUUUGUGGAAGCCAGAUAUAGCUAUUGAAGAAAUGACAGAAAAAGACAAAGCUCCUCCAAGUCCUCAUCUCACCAUCACCUCUACUGGUGAAGUCCAUGUUCAGGAUGACCAGGUGCUUGUCAGCACCUGCAGAAUGCACGUUUACAAAUUCCCCUUUGACAUUCAGAGCUGCAAACUCACCUUCAAGUCUGUCGUACAUUCUGAUGCAGAAAUACAGCUUGUUCGCCAUAUCAAUUCGUCACAGGCCACAGAGUGGUCUCGUGAGGUGAUGCGGACCCAGUAUGAGUGGCUGUUCAUCAACAUGACAGUCACCAACAAAACUGUCAACAUGUUUGACUUUCAACAAGACGUGAUGAUUUACACUAUCACCAUGAAGAGGCGGUCUCUCCUCUACAUUGUCAACUUCUUACUGCCCAUCCUGUUCUUCUUCUGUCUGGACUUGGCUUCCUUCCUGAUCUCAGACAGCGGGGGCGAGAAGCUCAGCUUCAAGGUCACUGUGCUGCUUGCUGUCACUGUGAUGCAGCUUAUUCUCAAUGAAAUUCUGCCUUCCUCUUCAGACAGGAUUCCACUUAUAGCGGUCUACUGCAUUGGAAUUUUUGCUCUUAUGAUGCUGAGCCUCCUGGAGACAAUUUUGGUGAUGUAUCUGAUGGAGAAAGACUCUUCAUACCAAGACAACGAGUGCAGUGAGGACAACAAAUGGACUCCCAGUGAUGCGUCUGUUGAUGAAACUCCAAUUAAACUGCUCAAGGGUAGUAGCAGCCAAAUGACAGAGGAGUCCCAUGCCUCAGAUGAGCUCAUGAUGUGA